CACCAUGGACCUAUUACAGUGAGUGGUCAUCAGCAUAGAGUAGGAUGUCAUCAGUGAGAAAAACCAAAAACUUGUAUUAAAAACAAUUUCUUUCUUUCUAGUUUAUUUUCAAUACAGUUCGUUUUUGACUUUACUAGCUUACGUCAAGUAUUAAAUUGUUUUUACAAUGGCGUUUUCGUUUGGUUCUACAUCACAAAGUACCGGUUUCGGAGCAGCCUCCAAACCUACAUUUUCGUUUGGAAGCACUAAUACAGCAACUACUAGUACAGCUGGGUUUGGUGGUUUUGGAACCACUACAUCUUCAUCUGGCUUUGGAGCAUUUGGUGCAACAGCGUCUAGUGCAGCACCAUUUAGUGGACUAGGUACUGCGACAACUACUACACCUUCUAUUUUUGGUGGAACAGGAUUCGGCGCCACAGUUGCUAAACCUGCUACAGGAUUCGACACUGGUGCCUUUGGAACCAAUUUCAAACCAACCUUUGGAGCAGGCACAUGCUUUGGAGCUGGUACUUCAACAUUUGGUAGUGCAGUGCCAGCAUUUGGCACCAAUACACUAGGAGGGAAUACUUUUGGCACUGGAUCCAAUUUUGGCUCCACAUUUGGAAAACCAGCCACAACCAGUUUUGGAGGGUUUGGCACUGGACUUGGCACCUUCGGCCAACAACAGCCACAGCAACAACAGCAACCGCAAGGGCCAACAAACGCUCACGAGGCGUUGAUCGCGGCGGUGUUCAACUGCUGCGUGUUUGGGGACGAGAGAGACCAGGUGCUCGCCAAGUGGAAUCUGUUGCAGGCGCAGUGGGGGACUGGCCAAGCUUACUAUAGUCGUAAUGCACCAGCACUGGAGCUCAACGAGCAGAACCCGCUCUGUCGCUUCAAAGCUGUGGGAUACUCGAGGUUAGGAGGCAAAGAGGACAAAGAUGGACAUGUUGCCUUGCAGUUCAACAAAACAGAACAAGAAAUUAAGAACAACCAACAAUCUCUUACGGUUUCACUGUCUGGCCUUCUGGGGAACAAACCAAACUUGGCUGUCAAUAUUGAAUCUAUAAAGGCUAUAUCUGAAACUAAAAGCUUGGUUGUGAUAUAUGUAACUGACAAAGCAGCCAACAAUGUCCACAUCAGUGCAUCGGAGCUUGGUGCGUUUUUAAACGCAGGAGCGGCUCGUACCGCGCUAAGCAACGCGGGCUGUACUAGUGUCACCCCGGUCACCCGUCCCGCACCACAGAUGCUAGAGCAGUACUUACAGAGUCCACCUCCAGGUAUGGACAUGCGUCUCUGGAAACAGGCUCAGGCUGAUAAUCCUGAUCCCGAGAACUAUAUUCCAGUUCCUAUCAUAGGAUUCACAGAGAUAAAGUUCCGAGCACGCUGUCAAAGCGAGGAGGCAGCGUUGCAAGCGAGCUGGCUGAAGCGCGCCGCCGACACGCUCGCCGAGCUGCGCACGCGCCGCGCCGCCGCCGCCUCCACCCUGGCGCGCCUCUCCGCCUCGCUGCAUGCGCUUAAACAUACGCUGCUGCAGGUGAUAGCCCGUCAAGAAGUGGUUGGUUUGGUGGGCGUAGCGUUGAGUCCUGAGGAGGAAGCAGCUCGCGCGAGAUUGCAGGAGCUUGCAUCGCAGCUGGCCGCACCUCCCCUUUAUAAUGGUCGCCUGAAUGAACUGUUGUGCGCCAUGCGACUACAACGCAGCGCAAGCUCGGGCGCGUCCCAUGAAAGAUACCAUUUGGAUGCAGGUGCGCAAGAGGAUAUGAAGCAAUUCCUAUCGCUGCAACAGCGCGGCAUGGCGCAUUUGUUGGACACCGCGCGUAACGACCUCGCAGCGCUCAACACCAUCGCGGAGGGCAUGGCGCGGCUGGUGCGCGCUUAGCACAGCCUCUCCGCCGCCGUGGACUAUUCCACGCGCUUCGUGGGGUGGCUCGAGUGACUUGUGCAGUGACAUUUAUGUGAGUGACAUAAAAAAUCUUCAGUAUUCGUCAAAUGAACGUCUCGAUAAUUUUAUCCAUUAAAUACAAAGUUUAUUUUAUAAUUAUAACGGACUUUUAUUAACGACAGUUUGUCGUUUGUGCAUUGUCAUAAACUACGUGUCUAAGCUACUAGUAACAUCGCAGCUUUGUGAAAUGAGAUGCGAGAUCACUAGGUUCUCAAUCGCGGAAAGUAUGGUGCGACUGGUCCGGGCUUAGCAUAGCCUCUAGUGACUUGCAGUGAUAUUUAUGUAUGGCAUAAACAUUCCUCAAUACUCGUAAAACGCCUAGAUAUAUAAUUGUCUGUUAACAAAGUUAGUUUAAAAAAAACAGAGCUUAUAAAGGACCAUUUGGUAGUCAUAAAAUAUCAUAAAUUACGCUCAGUUUUCAAAUUAUAGAUAGCAGCUAGCUAGAGCUUCUAAGCUAAAUGCAACAUAGAUUGAUAUUUAAUAUUAUUGUAAUUGAUGGAAGUAACCAUCAAAUUUUCAGUUGCUGUGCAACAAUUAAUUUCCAAAAGUUUGUAAAAUCUUUAAGUUGUGUGUUUUAUACAGGUGUAAAAUUUAAAAUUCAUAUAAAAUAAACCACAUUUCCAAAUAAA